CUUUGAUCCUCGACCAGUCCUCCCUCUAUCGUGAUAAUCAGCCCUCCAUUUCUCAAUCAAUCUGUCAGUCAGAGUUCAAACUCGAGUAAAAACACCCACGGAGACCCUCAAGUCGAGUAUCUGGACUUCUUCACUUUGUACCCCCGCCCGACAUGAAUCUCCUUCACUCCGCACUGGACAAGGUCAGGGACCGCUACGCUCCUAUCUCACAUACUUCGACUUUCCGAAAUACAGGUCAAAUCACACCUGAAGAAUUCCUGCUUGCUGGCGAUUACCUGGUGUACAAAUUCCCCUCGUGGUCAUGGUCAGACGCCUCCAGCCCGUCAAGACGCGUCAACUACCUGCCCGCGGGGAAGCAAUUCCUCAUUACGCGCGGUGUGCCUUGCCACAGACGCCUGGAUGACAACUUUGCCGGCAGCAACGGCGCUGCUGACGACCUUGUCCGUGAUGGUUUCCUGGGUGGUCCAGAUGACGAAGCAGCUGGUGAAGAUGAGGGAUGGCUAAGAACAGGAGGCACAAGCGAGAAAGAGCAGGAAGGUUUGAGAGGAGAAGUACGAUCUAUGAGUGAAAGUGGACAACUAGGCAAGAAGGCCAGCGAGGAGGAAGACGAUGACGAAAUCCCCGAUAUGGAGGACGAGGACGACGAUAAUGAGGCCAUCAUUCGUGACAAGAGUGAAGGCGCUUCAGCGCCUUUGCGAACAUACACCCUCUACAUAACCUACACUCCAUAUUAUCGCACACCGCGCAUGUAUCUGUCGGGCUAUCUCUCGCCCUCGGAGCCACUACCUCCACACCUCAUGAUGGAAGACAUCGUGGGAGACUACAAAGACAAAACUGUCACAUUAGAAGACUUCCCGUUCUUCGACACCAGUGUGAAGAUGGCCUCGGUCCACCCGUGCAAGCAUGCCAGUGUGAUGAAAAUCCUCCUCGAUCGAGCCGACGCCGCUCUAAAACUGCGCUUGCAGAAACAGUCGACUGGGGGUGGCGCAGGAAACGUCUCCGGCAUGGAAGGUCUUAUUGACGACACUUCGAAAAUGAAGCUUGCCGAUAAACAGAAAGAAGAAAAGCGAGGACACGAAGCAGGUGUCAAGGCUGCGACUGGCGGUGCCGGUGGUGAUGAAUGGGAAGUCCUGGAUGAGCAAGAUGCAGACAAGGAAGACGAGAGCGAAAAGGUCGCCAUCCGAGUCGACCAAUAUCUUGUCGUGUUCUUGAAGUUCAUGGCAAGUGUUACGCCAGGUAUCGAGCAUGACUUUACAAUGGGUGUCUGAUUGAAUCAGAAUCAGAACCGUGAUGUGUUUGGCAUGAAGCAUGGGACAUGGGUACGAUUGGCUGACGAGAACGGGGCAUGAUAUAAUGCAGAUACGACACGAGCACAAGAGGAUAUACGUGGCUCCUUCAGCAGAUGGCUCUGGGAGCUUCCCUUGACUUUGAUUGAAGAGUGCUCUCAAUUCCGCUUGAGUCAAGCAUUCCAUCCAAUUUGGCUGAAUAGUGAAGGGUAUGAAAACGAUGCAUGAUGCGUGACAGAACAAUUUAUAUUCUAUGGCACCAUGCGUG